AGCAGCACCAGCAAAAACAACACACAAAUCAAAUCUCAAUCAUCUCACACAAGAAACGCGACCAGUGAACAACCCCACACGAUGGAGGCCACCUUGUACUCAUACUUCCGCAGCUCGUGCUCUUGGCGUGUGCGCAUCGCCCUUAACUUGAAGAAGGUCAAGUAUGCAUACAAGGCCGUGAACCUCCUCAAGGGAGAGCAGCUUGGAGACGACUUCCUCAACGUCAACCCCAUGGGCGAGCUUCCAGCACUUGAGAUUGACGGCCACACUCUCACCCAAUCGCUGCCCAUCAUCGAGUACCUUGAUGAGACGCGACCGGAGAACCCGCUGCUUCCUCGCGACGACCCGUUCAAACGCGCCGAGGUCCGCCGCUUGUCCCAGAUCAUUGCCUCGGGCAUUCAGCCGGUGCAGAAUCUGCGUGUGCUGAAGAAGCACGGCCUUGAGCACAAGGUCGAAUGGGGUCAAUGGGUCAUCAACAACGGUUUCAAAGCACUGGAGCGCGAGCUGAAGAAGACUGCGGGCAAAUACAGUUUUGGCGACACGGUGACAAUGGUGGACCUCUGCUUGGUUCCUCAGGUCUUCAACGCCGAGCGGUUCAAGGUUGACAUGUCGCAGUACCCGACAAUCCAGCGCGUGGCGGCGGCGCUUGGCGAGCUGCCGGAAUUUGAGGCCGCCAUGCCGACCAAGCAGCCAGACUGCCCAGAGGAGCUGCGCCUCGACGCCUCCAAGUAGCGAGGGGGGAUGUGAAGGGGAUGUGAAGGGACGGAGGGAUGGUGGCGUGAACGCAUGAGUGAAAGCAUGAGACUCACGCACUGUUCCACUCUCCACACCCCUGCUGCAACUACCUGCCCGACCAACCAAUCAAUCAUUACAGCAAGCGCACGUUUGCAUGCACUCGUGCCAGUGCAUGGUGUCUCUCACACGUCAGCCAAUACACCAACCAACACAGCA